AUGUCGGAAUCAGAGAAUGAAAACAAUAUUGGACAAUUUACUCUCCCGGAAACAGAAUCAUCUUUAUUUCAUCGGAAAAAAAAAUUUAUUUUUAUUAUCGUUGCUACUCUUAUUGUAAUAACUAUCGCUAUUACAGUAAGUGUUAUUUUCACUAAAAAGGCUAAACCAACAAUUAGUCCAACCACAAUUACAAUUGAUACAUCAGCAACAGAAACAACAACAAUUCUUACAACAUCGACUGAUUCUUAUCUAACUACAAUGAACGAAUGGUCUCCAACAUUAUCCGUUAUAAAACGUUAUGAAUUCAAAAAUAGUGAUUUCCAGUCUAUGGUUACUGUUGAUGUUAAUGAAGACAAUCAUGCAGAUAUUGUUAUUGGAGAUGAAAGGCAAUCUCGUAUAUUAAUCUUUUUAAAUUCAGCUAAUAAUCAAUUUAAUGAUGAAAUUAUUUAUGAAACUGAUAUUAUAAUGAGUUCUUUGUUCAAAGCUGAUAUGAAUAAUGAUAAUAAAAUUGAUCUUAUCGGUAUUUCAGGAGGACCUAACGCUGCAAUUAAUUUUCUUUAUAAUACUGGCAAUGAAACAUUCUAUCGACGAAAAGUGAUUAAAAGAGAUCCAAGAAUAAAAAAUAUUGAACUUGUUGAUAUUAAUCAAGAUAAUUAUACAGAUAUUGUAAUCGUAUAUAGUAAUAAACCAGAUGUAUAUAUUAUAUUUAAUAUGGCAAAUGAAGAUUUUAGUAAUCAAACAAAAUAUGAAAUGAAAUAUAUGAUAAAUCAUUUCAAAGUACUUAAUAUCAAUGAUAAUCAAAGAUUUAAUUUGAUUGUUGCUCAUGAAGAUCAAAAUGUAAGUAUUUUGUUCGGUAAUUAUAAUCAAAGUUUCAUCGAUGAAGUUAAUUAUUCAACUAAAUCUUUGGUACAUACUAUUUUAUUAAAUGAUAUUGAUAGUGAUGACAAUAUGGACAUUAUUAUUGGUAAUUAUAAUUUUAAUUUUCAAAUAGUAUUUGGCGAAACUAGUGAUAAAUUUUAUCAAUCAGUUGUAUAUUCAGUAGGACUGUAUAAUACAUUUUUAAGAAUAGGUGAUUUGAAUAACGAUCAACGAUUAGAUAUUAUUCUUGGAGAUUAUGCUACCAAAAAAAUCAGUCUUUACUUCAAUGUCGGAAAUAGAACAUUUAUUAAUUCAACUAUUUAUUCAACUAAUUUUAAUCUAGAGAAUGCUCAAUUAGUUGAUAUCAAUAAUGAUGGAUAUAUGGAAAUUAUUCUCAUAGGAACUGAUUCUAUAAUAUCUUUUAUUGAAAUUUUAUCAAUUUAUUCUUAA